GUGUGUGUGUGUGUGUGUGUGUGGAUAUGAGUCAACCUUUGUAAGUGUGGACAUCAUGUGGUAGGGAGGGGCUGAGUGGGAGCACAAGUACACCGAGGGAGAGAUAGGGAAGUGUGACCAGGUUGUCAGAUGGACAACGCAGCACCUUGAAGCUUCAGAUGUUAUACUCUCUCCUGGCUGUGAUCAUUCUCCUCCACCAUAAUGGGUCUCUUGUCUUCCUCAAGAGGAUUUACGAUAUUGAACAGAGCAAUUGCUCUGACUGACACCAGCUCCUUCCUUCAAGUGGAUUUCUGAAACAAGGUGGACUCCUUCAGUAUGCUGAACCAUCCUUCUCCUCCCACACUCUUACUCUCCCUCCUGUUGCUGGUGUGUGCUUGGAACAAGGCAGCCUGCUCUCUUGGGGACGGCAGGGAGAUUUGGCAGCAGCCCAAGCUGGAUCCCAUCAUCAAAGACCAGUCUUUCCUUCAUGACACCUUCCCUUCAGGAUUCCUUUGGGGUUCGGGGACAUCUGCCUUCCAGACAGAGGGAGCCUGGGAUCAGGAGGGGAAAAGCCCAUCUAUCUGGGAUCAUUUCACCCACUCCGAGACUGCCAAUGUGGCUAGUGACAGCUACAACCGCUGGGAAGAAGAUGUGGAGGCACUGGAGUAUCUGGGUGUAAGCUCAUACUCUUUCUCUCUCUCCUGGCCCAGACUCUUUCCUGAUGGGAAUGCCAGAGGUCAGCCCAAUACUGCUGCUGUGGAGCAUUACAGCCGUCUCAUAGGGAGGCUUCUGGAAAAGAAAAUAGAGCCCAUCGUCACCCUCCAUCACUGGGACCUGCCACAAGUCCUGCAGGAGCACUAUGGAGGCUGGAGAAAUGACACAGUGGUGGGACUGUUUGAGGAGUACGCUGCCUUUUGUUUCCACACAUUUGGGAGUCGUGUUAGGCUCUGGCUCACAAUGCAUAAUCCAUACUUGGUGGCUGUGCAGGGGUAUGGGACAGGUGUGCAUGCUCCUGGAGAAACAGGGGGUCCCGCUGGCUCUCUCAUUGUGUCCCACAACCUGAUCAGGGCUCACGCCAAAGCAUGGCACACCUACAACACCUACUUCCGUCCAACUCAGAAGGGUAAAGUGUCCAUUGUUUUGGGAUCCCACUGGGUUGAGCCUCAAAGAGGCCAAGCCACAGCUGCUAACGUUGAGCUUUGCCAGCAGUCAAUAGAGGCAGUCCUUGGCUGGUUUGCCAACCCCAUCUUUGGUGAUGGGGACUACCCAGUCUCUCUAAAAAUCCAGCACGGGGCCCUUUUGCCCACAUUCUCCCCCGAGGAGAAGCUCUGGGUGAAGACAACAGCUGACUUUUUUGCUCUGUCCUUCGGACCCAACAACCUCCGUCUGGGCCGGGGCGUGGUCCAGUAUGGGCAGACUGUGACCCCGGACCUGAGGCGCGUCCUGGGCUGGAUAAAGCUGGAAUAUGGGGACCCGAAGGUGCUGGUGACUGAGGGAGGCUGGUUUUCUGAAGCCAGUGUGGGAAAGGAGGACACAGUGGCUAUUUAUCUGAUGAAGAGGUUUAUCAACCAGGUCCUGCAAGCUAUCAAGUUUGAUGGUGUGCAGGUGUUUGGCUACUCCGCCUGGUCACUGGUGGAUGGAUUUGAGUGGAAUUAUGGCUUCACUGUUAGGCGAGGCCUUUUCUACAUCGACUUCAGCCAACCAAACCGACCCAGGACCCCCAAGACCACUGCUCAGUACUACAGGCGUAUUGUCACUGACAACGGUUUCCCCGGUGAUGAAACCUCCAGAGAGAUCAGAGGCCGAUUCCCCUGCGAAUUUCAUUGGGGUAUCGCUGACUCCAUUUUACAGGUCCACUUCUACCCGUUCUCACCGCAAUUCACUGACCCAAAUUUGUACAGCUGGAACCUGACAGGAGACGGAUCGCUGCGUCCAGUCCCAGGGGUGAAGAUCCACACCAGACGAGCCCAGUGCACCGACUUCUUGGCCAUUCGUGGUCAUCUACGCCUGUUUGCGUCCACUGGGGCAUCUCACUACCGCUUCGCUCUAAACUGGUCUCUGAUUUUACCCCAGGGAGACCUCUCUAAUGUGAACACUGAAGCUCUGAGGUACUAUCGCUGUGUUCUGACCGAGCUCAAGAAGCUGGACCUGCAGGCUGUCGUUAUUCUCUACUACCCCACACACAGAGCUCCAAAUCUAGGCCUGCCUGGGCCACUGCAUGCCUCCGGUGGUUGGCUCAACUACACCACAGUGGAGGCCUUUCAGGAAUAUGCAGCACUGUGUUACGAGCAGUUGGGGUCCUGGGUUCCCUACUGGAUCACCGUCAAUGAGCCAAACAGACUGGUAGAUGUUUAUUCCAGUGGGAAAGAGAAGCAUCAGGCUGCUCAUAACCUUCUCCUGGCUCACGCAAAAGCCUGGAGGCUGUACGAGAGGGAACACUCAGCUCAACAGAGAGCACUGGUGUCACUCGCAUUACAUGCCGACUGGGCCAAACCUGCAAACCCCUUCCUGGAGUCGCAUACGGCAGCGGCACAGAGAUUCCUUUUGUUUGAGCUGGGUCGCUUCUUAGACCCGUUGCUCGGGACUAGAUAUGAGGAGAAGCACAACAAGGGGGACUAUCCGCAAGAAAUGAAAGCAUACCUGGAGGAGAGAGCUCGAGUGAUGGGCCUUCCUGGAUCCCCUCUUCCUAGCUUUACUGAGACUGAGAGGGAGGAGCUGAGAGGAGCAUUGAGUUUUAUCGCACUGAACCAUUUUACCACCCGUUUGGUCUCUCCAUAUCCCCACACACACGGCAAUGUUCAGCAGAAACACCUCCCUGAUCACGACUGUCUGAUCCUUUCUGAUCCCACCUGGCCCUCCUCCGGUCUGGGGCAGGCUCUCGUACCAUGGGGCCUGCGGAAGAUCCUGAACUGGGUGAGCCAGAGAUAUGGAGGGGCUCUGCCUAUCAUUGUCACAGCCAGUGGGGUUGAUGACCAGGCUCCUGUGGAGGACAAACUCAGGCAACACUUUCUCAGGAGUUAUCUACAAGAGGCCUUAAAAGCUCGCCAAUUAGAUGGCGUCAACCUGCAGGGCUUCUACGUGUGGAAACUGCAAGAUCGACACGCCCCCCAGUUUGGCCUCUUCACCUCAACCCACCACCAAUCUAAAGCCAAAGCCUCCAUCGCUGUCUACAGAGAAAUCAUCACUCGUGGCGGAUUCCCCGAGGAUAACAACGUGCAGACCUGCAGGUUUAGUGAGCUGCAUGAACCCUGCUCUGUAUGUGCGUGGAUGUUCGACAACAAAGCCAUAUUGGUCUUCGGAGGUUGCCUCCUAAUAACAGCUGUUAUGUUGGCAGCACUUGUCAUCUUUGUUGUCGUCACCAAGAGAAACCAAACCAGAGGCAGGGGGAGGGCGAUGAAGAGGAGGAGGAGAAGGGAAGGAGCCCCUGUAUGCUCGUGUCUACCUGUUAAGCGCUAACUGUAGAGAGACAUUGAGUCUGUGAUGAGUAGCAGACAAACUGUGAGUGAUUGUGACAAAUGUGUGAUCAGUUUACCAACAAUUGCUGUCAAGAUAAAGUGUCUCCACAUAUUUUACUGUAAUAAUACGAAUUGUAUAAGCUAUUUUGUUUGUAUUUUCUUACAGUUAAAUGACCAUGAGAUCAACAUAUUUACUGAAUGUCAAAGACUGGCUGUCUCACAUUUGUGAGCUCUAAAGUUUACUAUAAGGGAUUAUAUAAAAGAUUUACCUAAUUGAUGACCUUACCUACGACCUCAAUUAUGGAGAAAGUAUGUCAAUGCCAUGAUUCUAGUAUUGUAAUAAAGUCAAUUAGUCAUGAUAAUAUUGUGUAGAUCAGACUAAAAUGCGACUCUGAUAUAUUUUACCUGUUAUACAAUAAGUUUAGCUCAGAUUUAAUCCUUUAAAACUGCAACGGCUCGCCCCGGCCGCUAUUCUGUCUUUUAGAGGUUGUUGCAAGCUGAGUUUUAAAGCUAGUGAAGAUACUGGGAUUAUAUGAAACUAGCAAACCUAAGGAAUCCAUUGGUACCAACCAUGGCAUACUAG